GUUUUAGCAGAGCAGGGGAAUGGAGGGGAAGCGCAAGCUCAGCGUGGCGAUCUGCCAUCCCGAUCUAGGAAUCGGGGGAGCAGAGCGGCUGAUCGUCGACGCGGCGCUGGAGCUCAAGAACAACGGUCACGACGUCCGCGUUUUCACGGCGCAUCACGAUCCCCGGCGCUGUUUCGAGGAGACUGUGAAUGGUAAGGACGAAAGCUUCGCUUUUUUCUCCAAGGUCGCUCCACGAAUUUCUUUUCUUUUCUUUCAAGGGAGCUUUCCAGUGACAGUCUAUGGAGAUUUUCUGCCAAGGAACGUCUGGAACAAGCUCCACGCGAUCUGUGCGUACAUUCGCUGCGUCUUUGUUGCGGUGUGCAUGGUUUUGUUCUGGCCAAAGUUUGACGUCGUCCUCGUCGAUCAAGUCUCGGCAGUGAUUCCUAUACUCAAGAUCAAGAGAUCAAAGAUAGUCUUUUACUGCCACUUUCCCGAUUUGCUGCUGGCUCCACACACGACGACAAUCAAGAGAUUGUACAGGAAGCCCAUUGAUUGGCUCGAAGAAACAACAACUGGAAUGGCCGAUCGGAUCCUAGUGAACAGUAAUUUCACUGCGUCAACCUUCGCACGGACAUUUCGAAAGCUCCACGCUCGAGGCUUGCGGCCGUCAGUUCUAUACCCGGCGGUCGAUGUCGAACAGUUUGCUUCGCUGCCAGAGAAAGCAAACGUGGAUGGACUUCCCGCUGAAACGCCUUUUUUCCUUUCCAUCAACCGGUUCGAGAGAAAGAAGAAUGUGUCUUUGGCAGUCUCUGCUUUUGACAUUGUGUUGAGCCAGAUCGAGAACACUCAGGUGAAGCUUGUCUUGGCUGGAGGAUUUGAUAGACGCGUCACAGAGAAUUGUGAAGUUCUGGACGACUUGCAAGAUCUCGCUCGCAAACUCGGGAUAAGCGAGCACGUCCUCUUUCUUCCCUCGUGCUCCACUCAAACAAGGGACGAACUCCUGGGAUCUUGCGUGUGUGUCAUCUACACACCGUCGGAUGAACACUUCGGCAUUGUCCCGUUGGAGGCCAUGGCCGCAGGAAAACCAGUGAUAGCAUGUCGCAGCGGCGGACCAAUGGAGAGCGUGCUGCACGCCAAGACUGGCUUCCUGUGCGACCCAAAGCCUGCGGCGUUCGCGUCGGCUAUGCUCGAGUUUGUCAAGGAUCCAAACCUCGCCAAGUCCAUGGGAAGCUCUGCGCGGUCGCACGUCCGGGACAGAUUCUCCAGGCAAACAUUUGGCAGUAGGCUUGUCCAAGAGCUCUGGUGUGCUUUGUCGCGAUAGCUUUCGUCGAAGAGCAAAGCAAAUGUUAGCGAGAUUUUUUCUCAAAGCAAAUGUUUGAUCUUUGGCAAA